AUGGGGAAGAAAGUUAUUGCCAAAGGAGCACCGCGUGACAAAAUCCAUAAACUUCCAGGAUAUCCUAGACCAUCAACUCGUUCUCAAGACACCACUUAUACUCCAUCACCUUCUCCUCCUACCUCUCCUCCUCGAACUGAUCCCAUGGCUCGUACCAAGACCACUCCAAGGUAUCCUGCCUCUGCCAAACCGACACCACCACCAAAGGCAACUCCUUCCAAACCUGCCUCUUCAAAACCUGGUUCUUCAAAGCCAUCCUCAUCCAAAGGGAAGCGUCCGGCGAUGGAAGAGCCUGUUCCUGAGCCUACAAAACCUAAGUCAAUGUCUGUUCCUGUGCGUUCACAAAGAGGCAACCCUAUCACCCUCUCAAAUCUAUUAGCGAACCAGACAUUGAUCCCUUUGCUCACAAAUCACACUUCAUGA